AUACACUGGGCACAUUCCAGUUCCACUGCUCCUGAAUACAGCCUGCCCAGCUCUCUCCUGUUCUCAUCGCACCACUGAGCUGUAUCCCCAUCUCUGAAGAACAAGUCAGCAUUACAGGUGGCAAUGGAAGCUACAUUUUUAAUUCUCUUCAGUAUAUAUUUUGCAAAAGUCUCUGGUUAUCCAUCAGGACUAAUAAGCGCUUCCUGUGAUACGAUGCUUCCAGUACAUGGGAACAGUGUCUCCCAGAUAGCACCAUCACCUUACUUCAUCACUGUAUCCAAAAAUACAUUCAGCGCUGGAGAUAUUAUAACAGUGACGUUACAGUCUAGUUCAGGAUCUAGUUUCAAAGGAUUCCUGCUAGAGGCACAAACUGUCGGAGGACAAAGGACUAUUGGGGCUUUCACCAUCACAGAUGUGAACACUCAGGCUCUUUCUUGCAGUGCAGGAGCAGGGUCAGCAGUCAGCCACACAAGUAACGCUAUAAAGUUUUCUAUUACCACUUCUUGGACUGCCCCAGCUGGAACAGGGCCCAUAUACUUCAGAGCAACCGUUCUGCAAAGUUACAGCAUAUUUUGGAGCAGAGUGGAGAGCGAACCACUUAUGGCAUUACAGAUUUCUAAUACCACAUGUGGUACGCAGAAGUUUUGCUUAAGCAACCCAGCAAACUGCAGUCCAGACAAUGGCAGCUGUCUCUUUAUGUCUUCCGUACCAUCCAGUAAUGGAUUUGUGUUUGAAAUGAGUGGCUCAACCACAGGAUAUCUAGCCAUUGCAUUUUCUGAUGAUCAGCUGAUGGGAAAUGAUGAUAUUUACAUAUGUACCAGAAAUUCAAGCGGAAACAUCCUGGUCCAACGAGCCUUUUCUACUGGACAUGUCACUCCCCAAGCUAGGAACAUGAGUACGACAGGAUCUAUAGUUGCAUCUUACAUAGGUGGUGUGUUAAAAUGCUCCUUCAUUAGCCAGACGAACAUCUCCACCCAGGCUCGAGCCAGCACAGCCUCCAGCUACUACAUUUUCCUUGUUGGAGGCCCGUCCCAAGCAAAUGGUCAGAUUCUCAAGCACACCGCCAAGCCGAUCAUAUCAGCCAGUAGAAUUGAUCUCUCCAGUUUUGCUGCAAGUACAAGUACACAGAUUGGGACGCCUCCUGUUAUUCUUGGCCACGGUGCACUGAUGCUUAUUGCCUGGAUGACUACAGGGACUGUUGGAAUGCUCACAGCUCGUUAUAUGAAACAUGCAGCUAAUAAGCUAUUCAUUGGAAAAGCCCUUUGGUUUUUGAUUCAUGUUUGCCUAAUGUGCCUGACUGUCAUUUUUACAAUCAUUGCAUUUAUCAUGGUUUUUGCUAACGUUGCUGGCUGGAGUGCUGAUACUGGGGCCCAUCCUGUUCUUGGCUGUAUUGUGAUGAUUCUCUCAUUUCUUCAACCAUUUGGAGCUUUGCUACGUCCAGACCCCAAUCAUAAAAGGCGUUUCAUCUUCAACUGGGUACAUGGCCUGAAUGCACUUUUGAUCAAGGUAUUAGCAGUGGCUGCUAUCUUCCUUGGCCUGCAGUUGGUUGACAUUUCCCCUUCUCAGUGGAUGCCAAAAGUGAUGGGUGGAUUUUAUGGAUGGGAGGUUUUAUUCUACAUUAUUCUUGAAAUCAAUGCACGUUCGAAAAGUAAUGAAUCCUACGAGGACCCAGAAAAAAAGGUUCAUCAUGAGUCAGUUAUACUAGGGAUCUUCAUCUUCGGAAAUUUGGCUUUUCUCAUAUCCUUGCUGGUAGGCAUCGGACAAUCAGUCUAGCUACCCUCCAUGCCACAGAACACGCUCUCUGCCAGCAAGGGGCCUUUGCUAAAUAGAAGAUGAGCAUAGGGGCUGCAUGUUUCUGAAUUCCUGCUUUGCACACGGAUGUACCAUACAGGUUUCCACUGCAUGAAAUGCGCUUCCAAGGAAUGCCUCUAUGGCCAUGUGAUGAAUGCACAGCAGAAACCAUGCUUCUUGAAUGCUGAAAGCAUAAUAUAAUUUGACUUAAAGUGUGCCACUAUAUUGUUACCAGGCUUUGCUUCAGCUGGGAAUUACUUUGACCCUCAGAGAAAUUUACAGACUGUUUUUUAUUUGUUUUUUUAACUUUUUGAUGUACUGUUUAACACAACAGACAAUUAAAAAAAUCUUUUUAUAUUGGGUUUAAA